AUGCCUCACAAGCGAAAAGCGGCCUCGCCACAACAACUUUCGCCUUUCAAGAAACAACAUGUGUCUCCGGACAAGUCGAAUGGCGCCAGUGCUACCGAUCAAUAUCAAAACAACAGUGGCUUACAGCCCAAUCUUCAGCCUCACUUCUACCCACCCGAAAUCUCAUCCUCGCGAUGUGCCCAAUAUGCCAAUGGCGAGCUCUCCAAACCGAUCGAUGUCCUCGAAACAGCUCUAGCCUCCACCUCGACUCAACGACAGGCCAUUGCAGGAGGCCGAGCAGUUCUUCAUUGGUUCAAGCGAGAUCUGCGAGUCGACGACAACCGAGCUCUACAUGCAGCCAGUCAGAAAGCUGUCGGAUUGGGCAUUCCUCUGUUGACGAUGUGCAUCGUCUCGCCGCAGGACUACGAAGCUCACUCGACUGCUCCGGUCCGAGUAGACCUUGAGUUGCGAACGCUGGAAGUGUUGAAGGCGGAGCUUGCCGAGUUGAACAUUCCGCUCUUCACCGCAACAGUCGAGAGGCGAAGGGAUGUUGUCGACUUCGUCCUGGACAGAUGCGAAGAGUGGGGCGUGCGACAUAUCUACUGCAACAUGGAGUAUGAAGUCGAUGAGUUGCGUCGAGAAGCGAAGAUGGUUAGGAAAGGGCUAGACAGAGGCAUCGCAGUUAAAGUGCUGCACGACGAUAUCCUCGUUCCACCCGGCGUGCUGAAGAACGGACAAGGAGAAGAAUUCACAGUCUACUCACCUUGGAUGCGAGCAUGGGAGAAACAUCUACAAACUCAUCCAAGUCGGACAGAAAUCUCUCCUUCCCCAACAGCGAACCCACCAGAAGCCAGAAAUCUCUUCUCCUCCCUCUUCUCCCUUCCCAUCCCACCAGCACCUCCAUCGAAGUCCCUCACUCCUGAAGAACGAGACCGCUUCACCCACCUCUACCCAGCCGGCUCUCCCGCCGCCCGAGCACGCCUUGCCCACUUUCUGUCGUCCAAAGCGCAUCAGUACAACGCCAGCCGAUCCGAUCCUGCGGCCCACGCCACCUCUCUUCUUUCGCCACACCUCUCCGUGGGCUCCAUCUCCGCCCGCACUAUCCUCUCCCUAACCCGCUCCAUCGGCCAACCCUCCAACCUCUCCGACUGGUCGCGCGACGGCUCAAGAGGAGGCUCUGGCUCAGCAACCUGGAUCCGCGAACUCGCAUGGCGAGAAUUCUACCGCCACAUCAUGAUCGCGCACCCAUGGAUUUCGAUGGGAAAGCCGUUUCAGUAUGAGCUGAGUCCCAGUAAUAUCAGCUGGACUCCCGAACCCCUCGCAACCACAUACUUCACCGCCUGGAGCCAAGGCUGCACCGGAAUCCCCAUCAUCGACGCGGGAAUGCGCCAACUCCUCCAUCUCGGCUGGAUGCACAAUCGUCUCCGCAUGAUCACCGCCUCCUUCCUAACUCAUCACCUUGGAGUCGACUGGAGGAGGGGAGAAGAGUGGUUCAUGCUUCACCUUGUGGAUGGCGACGUAGCGAGUAACUCUGGCGGGUGGGGAUUUUGCUCGGGUACGGGGGUGGAGAGGAGAGGGUAUUUAAGGAUUUUCAAUCCUUGGAGUCAAGGGAGGGAGUUUGAUGCGGAGGGGGGGUUUGUAAGGAGGUGGGUGCCUGAGCUGGAGGGUGUGGAUGGGAAGGUUAUACAUGAUGAGGGUGGUGAUAGAGGAAAUGUAUACCCAAGGCCCGUCGUGGGCCAUAAGGAAGGAAGGGAGGGGGCAUUGGAGAGGUGGAGGGCCAGGAGAGGAGCGGAGGGUUGA